AUGAACGCACUGUAUACGGCGAGUCGCAGCAAACUCAGUGAUGACAUGAGCGACUCGGACCUGAGCGACUCGGAUGCCGAGUUGCACUCAGUCGACAGCUCGGCGUCGCUCUCGACACGCCGGCGUCGGUCGUCGCUGCAGCCCCGGCGCCCGUCCUUCUCUCGCAUCGCUUCCAACCAGCAAGUGCGGACACCGAUCGAUGUGCCGGCCGCAGCGCUCGACCGCCUCACUGCCGCCGAUCGUUUCCAGUCUCAGUGCUUCUCGGCCUACGUCCUGCAAUGCGAGAUCGCCGAUUUUAACCUCUGGCUCGCAGCGCGCGUUGUCCCCUUGUCGUGGUGCGACGCUGCGAUAGCCUUUCUGGCGCCACUUAACGACGACGUGCGCGCCAGCCUCGAUGCGACGUGGUGCCUUCUCAGCUCGCUCCAGCCUCCGUUUCAUCCCGCGCGGCUGGAGCUUUUCGAGCGGCAGUUAGGGACACUCGGCACAGUGUUACAGCGGGCAUCGAACGCCCUUCAAGACGUCAAAGACCAGGCGAGUGGCGUUGAGCGAGAGCUAGCGCUGCGUCGCCUCCAACUGUGGACCCAAGACGUCCUCUCCAAGCGCCAUUUCUACUCGGUCAAGGUGCAGCUGCGCCAACGCCACCACCGCGGGCUCAUUCCAGGCCUCUUUGACGGUUUGCGCGAAGAGUCGGUCCUGACCAUGGACGCGGCCAGUGCGACCAUCACGGUCGAGUACCCGCGGGCACUGGACCGCCCGGGGAGCCCCCGGCACAAGAUUGUCUAA